GGGAAGUCCGCGCUGUCUACGGCCUCUCAGGGCCCCGUGCAUCCCCGAACUUUCCUGGAUGCGGUUAACCCGGAGAGGCAGCAGGGUGAGCGAGCUGAUAUACUAUGUUAACACUGGGGAGGAUUUUUAAAAAAGGAGUUGUGAAGCUUCUGGCUUGUCGGACGACAGCAAGAACAUUUUGCCAUCUCUCUCCACAGUGUCCCUUAAAGGUCAUUUUUUCUAUUCAACAACAAACUUAUCCCCUACUUCCUCAAAGUAAUUGUAACUUCAAUUUUGCGUUGAGGGUUUCCAAGUGCCACAAUAUGGCAGAGCAGCGUUACUUGGUUGAAUAUGCAAAGCGUGGCACUGCAGGUUGCAAAAAAUGUAAGGAGAAGAUUGGAAAGGGCUUGGUACGCAUCGGAAAAGUGGUUCCAAAUCCUUUCAGUGAAUCUGCAGGUGACAUGAAAGAGUGGUACCAUGUCAAGUGCAUGUUUGAGAAACUUGAACGUGCAAGGGCAACUACUAAGAAGAUCGAGGAUCUGACAGAACUAGAGGGAUGGCAAGAACUUCAGGACCCUGAGAGAGACCUAAUUACCCAACACAUUAAAGAACUUGCUGCCAAAGCAGGUGCUACACCUAAGAAAAAGACUCCGUCAAAGACGAAUCAAUCAACAGCUGCACAGGGAUCAACACCCAAUAAGAUGCCAGCAACCAGCCCUUCCCCUCUCAAGUUUUCUGGAUUCACAGCAAAACCAGGUCAGUCUCCAGCCACACCUAGUUCUAGUAGUGGUUCAAGCAUUUCAACUGCAAAAUGCGAUCCCACUCAUAAGGACUGCCUACUGCGUGAGUUCCGUAAGCUGUGUGUAAUGGUUGCAGACCAGUCAAGUUACAAUACCAAGACCCAGAUCAUUCAGGACUUCUUGACCAAAGGCAGUGCUGGAGAUGGUUUCCAUGGUGAUACAUACCUAACGGUAAAGCUGUUGCUACCAGGCGUCAUUAAAAGUGUCUAUAACCUGAAUGACAAGCAGAUUGUCAAACUUUUCAGUCGCGUUUUUAACUGCAACCUGGAGGAGAUGGUGCGGGACCUUGAGCAGGGGGAUGUCUCAGAGACGGUUCGCAUAUUCUUUGAAAAAAGCAAGACGUUCCCACCAGCUGCUAAAAGUCUCUUGACCAUUCAUGAAGUGGAUGACAUCCUUAACCAGCUUUCCAAGAUGACAAAAGAGGAGGAUCAGCAGAAAGUCCUAGAAGAUCUUGCCCGCAGGUGUACCAGUAAUGACCUGAAAUGUAUAAUACGCCUUAUCAAACAUGAUCUGAAGAUGAACUCUGGGGCUAAACAUGUAUUGGAUGCCCUUGAUCCUAAUGCAUAUGAUGCAUUCAAAGCUUCUCGAAAUCUAGGAGACGUGGUAGAACGUGUACUGCGUAACCAACAGCAAGCUCCAGGAAUGAAACGCACUCUCAGUGUACAAGCUUCCCUAAUGACACCUGUUCAGCCUAUGCUGGCUGAAGCCUGCAAAUCUGUAGAGUAUGCCAUGAAGAAGUGCCCCAAUGGAAUGUACGCUGAAAUUAAGUAUGAUGGGGAGCGAGUUCAAGUUCACAAGAAUGGAGAUCACUUCAGCUAUUUUAGCCGCAGCCUUAAGCCAGUGCUUCCCCACAAGGUUGCUCAUUUCAAGGAUUUCAUUCCCAAAGCAUUUCCGGGAGGAAAUAGUAUCAUCUUGGAUGCUGAAGUUCUUCUCAUUGAUACCAACACUGGCAAGCCCCUUCCCUUUGGGACGCUGGGUGUUCAUAAGAAAGCAGCCUUUCACGAUGCCAAUGUUUGCCUCUUUGUUUUCGACUGCAUUUAUUUCAAUGGAGUUAGCUUGAUGGACAGGCCACUUAGUGAGCGGCGAAAGUUUAUGCGUGAUAACAUGGUGGAAAUCCCUAACCGUAUCUUGUUCUCUGAGAUGAAACAUGUAACAAAAGCUGCUGAUUUGGCAGACAUGAUUACUAGGGUUAUCAGAGAGGGAUUGGAGGGCCUUGUGUUGAAAGAUUUAAAGGGGAUUUAUGAACCAGGUAAACGGCACUGGCUAAAGGUGAAGAAGGAUUACUUGAACGAAGGUGCUAUGGCAGACACUGCUGAUCUUGCGGUCUUAGGCGCCUUUUACGGGAAAGGAGCAAAUGGUGGUAUUAUGUCUAUUUUCCUUAUGGGCUGCUAUGACCCACAGUCCCAGAAAUGGUGUACUGUGACCAAAUGUUCGAGUGGUUACGAUGAUGCUACUCUUGCACGUCUUCAAAAGGAACUGGAUAUGGUGAAAAUCAGCAAGGAUCCCUCCAAAAUACCUCCUUGGCUGAAGAUAAACAAGAAUUACUACCCUGACUUUAUAAUCCGGGAACCAGAGAAAGCUCCAAUCUGGGAAAUUACUGGAGCUGAGUUCUCUAAAGCAGAGGCCCACACAGCAGGUGGUAUUUCUAUUCGCUUUCCAAGAUGUACUCGCUUUCGUGAUGACAAGGACUGGAAGAGUGCAACAACCCUCCAACAGUUAAAGGAGCUCUAUCAGUUGUCUAAGGAGAAAUCUGACUUUAGUAUAACCGCCUCAGCUUCUCAGGAUGAGGAAGGAUCUUCAGAAAGCAGCAGUCGAGAGAAUGAAGGAAAUUCAAGGCCUCCUACACCUAGCGGCUCAGUCAAAUCUUCUAAAGGCCAUUCUUCCAAAUCUCUUGCUAAGAAGCCAGAAGUUAAGAAAAUGCCCCCUCCGCCCAAAAAGGAAGAGCCUGCCAAAGCAGAGAAGCGCAAAAAUGUAUCUCCGGGACCUGUCCAGAAUAAGAAGGUUAAAAUCUCUGAGGCAAGUCACAGCAAUGGCCACAGUGUAGUCCAAUUACCAUCCACUCCUAAGAACCUCCUGGAUAUAUUCACUGGUGUGAAACUCUUCCUACCAUCUUCGAUGGAUGAUUUUGCCAAACUCCGUCGCUACUUUGUUGCAUAUGACGGGGACUUAGUACCAGAAUUUGAUGCUUCUUCAGCCACACAUGUAAUGGGUGACAUAUCUGAGAGUUCUGUAGAUGCCAAGCAUGUUACUCCACGUUGGAUAUGGGAGUGUAUCAGACGCCGAAGAUUAGUGGCCCCAUGCUGACGUUGUGGGCCAUUCAAACUCCGACCAGGCAGACACGAACUUGUUUACAUUUGACGUUUACAGAGCUGGCAAGGGGGCGAAUAUUUUUAUGUACAUGCAAUGUAGUGUAUGGAGUCUUCGGUAGCUGAUCAUAGGUUGCAAUAAAAAAACUGCAGCUAAUCUAUGUUCCCCCGUGUUGGCACCUGAAACUAUACACUAUAUGCUUCCCUCUGUCCUCACUUGAUGCAACUCAGACUGGGUGGAAUUAACUUGCCCCUUAUGUGCCAGUAGUUAGAAAAUGGACACUUGCAGCACUUGUCUGCAGUGGUAAAUGUGCAUAUGUUAUGAUUGAGAAUUUAUGGUUCUUUCAAUUGAAUUUGACACUAAUGAAUUCAUUUAAAAGAACGCAAGUUUUGAAUUGUGUAGAAAUAGAAAAGACCCAAUUUGACUGCCUUUUACAUUAUUUCCCAAUUUCAGCAUGGUUUUUGUUUUGUUUUUUUUAAUAUAUUUGUACCAAACUGUGUACGCACAGGGGAUAGGACCUGAAUUAGUUUUUUCCCCAUAGAAAGGGCUAAAGAUGAGGAUUAUUCACAAAACUGUAAGUUGUAGUGAACUGAAAUCCAAAUGGAAAAAUUUUGACUAAAAUAGUCAAGCUGUGAAUUUUUUAUUUUUUCAUAGCAACUGUUUAUUAACAAAAUUGAAAUAUUUGGUCUUCAUUUCUCUAUAAUUCUGUGUUUUUGUGAAUAAAAGCCCUGCGAUUUAGUAAAAUGGCGUAACUGGGUAAAUGGCAGUGUAAACCCUAUAAUAGUUCCUCUUUUUACUUUACUGCUUUUUAAUAUGCAAUUGAGGCUACAUGUAUUUUGCCUGCAAUAGGUCCUGCUCUCAAACCGCAGUUACUGAAAUGUAGAUAAUUUGCUUCAUGAGAUCAUUCAAGAAACACUCAAGUUGUUUUUUUUUCGUUUUUUUUAUGUAUUUAAUGCACAUGUUGUAUGAACAUUAUAACAUCAUUGCAUGUAAUAUGUAUUAGUAAUAUUUUCCUCCGAAAAGCUGUUUUUUGCAGCUAGUUACUAGAGAUUUCAGGCUAAAACUUCUACUAAAUGUAACCAGCUCAAGUUGGUUAAAGACCAA